GUGUUGUUGUGGUUUUGCUACAUAGACUAACAAGAACCAAUUUAAUUUUUGGAUUUCGUCACAAUAGCCGCAAACCUUUCUUUUAGUCAAGACAGUUUUCAGUUUCACUCCUUUUGCUUUGAAUUAUGGAUGAUGUUGUGCAGAAAUAUCAGAAACGCGCUCAAGAAGCGGAGUUAAAGGUGCAGCUGCUCGAAAAGGAGGUGGAAGGUCUGGUAGCCCUUUUGAACGACGAAGAUGAACCCUCUCCUGAAGUGUCAGCGUUGCAGUUAGAAAACACAAAGCUAAAGCACAGACUUAGCAUUCUUAUGAGGGCUAUAAAACGAGAGGAAUCUGCCUCGGGUUCUCAGUCCAAUCCUAAGUCUGUCCCAAUCAAGGGCGAGGGAAUGCUGAGCAUUCAGGGAAUUUUGAACGACGUGUUUGCCGAGGCAAUCCGGAAUGCGUACCCUGAUUUGCCAGAGGCUCCCGUCAUCAUCAUGCCCUCGAGCAACGCCAAAUUUGGAGAUUACCAAUGCAACUCAGCCAUGUCCAUGGCCCAGGCACUGAAAGCACAAGGCGUGAAGGCCCCUCCUAGAGAAAUUGCCAAGAAGAUUCAGGACAAUGUCCCGUCGAACCCACUAAUCGGCAAACUUGAGAUUGCGGGCGCCGGCUUCAUCAACAUCACCCUGAAGAAAGAGUUUGGACACGAGCUGCUGAAGAAUAUACUCAUCCGAGGGGUUCAACCGCCGCCUUCUGAAGUGAAGCAUAGGGUUGUUGUGGAUUUCUCAUCCCCAAACAUUGCGAAGGAAAUGCACGUCGGUCACUUAAGGUCUACAAUCAUUGGUGAGAGUGUCUGUCGACUGCUUGAAUUUCUUGGGCAUGACGUGGUGCGGGUGAACCACGUCGGCGAUUGGGGAACUCAAUUUGGAAUGCUCAUCGCGCAUCUUGAGGACAAGUUCCCAAACUUCAGGACUGUUUCACCGCCGAUUGCUGACCUCCAGGCAUUUUAUAAGGAAGCCAAAGUUCGCUUCGAUUCAGACGAAGACUUCAAGAAGAGGGCUUACGCGUGUGUUGUGAAGCUGCAGGCAAAACAACCUGACUACAUCAAGGCUUGGCAACUUAUUUGUGACGUUUCCAGGAAAGCCUUCCAAGCGAUUUACGAUAGACUGGACAUUACUCUGAAGGAAUAUGGUGAAUCUUUUUACCACGAAAGGAUGCUUGACGUAGUUGAACACUUGAAGAAAGGAGGCUACAUGGAGGAGGAUGAGGGCAGGCAAAUUAUGUGGGCGGACGGCUGCAAAAUUCCUCUCACCAUCAUCAAGUCUGACGGCGGAUUUACUUACGACACCUCAGACAUGGCGUGCGUGCGGUACCGAGUGCACGAGGAAAAUGGAGACUGGCUCAUUUACGUUGUCGACGCUGGACAGAGUACGCACUUUGAUACCAUCUGGGCGUGUGCCGAAAAGUGUGGGUUCAUCGACAAGAGAAAGGUUAGGCUCGACUUCCUCGGCUUUGGCGUCGUUCUCGGAGAGGACAAAAAGAAGUUCAAGACCCGGUCUGGAGACACAGUGCGACUGAUCGACCUGCUUGAUGAAGGUUUGAGGAGGGCUGGAGAGAAACUGGUUGAAAAGGAGCGAGACAAAGUGCUGAGCCCAGAGGAAUUGAAAGCUGCUCAGGAGUCUGUUGCCUAUGGAUGUAUCAAGUAUGCAGAUCUUUCGCACAACCGGAACCACGAAUAUGUUUUCUCAUUUGAUAAGAUGUUGGAGGACAAAGGAAACACGGCUGUCUACCUGCUAUACGCUUACACCCGUAUUUGCUCCAUCUCACGAAACGCUAACGUCAGCCCUGAGCAGCUGCGGGAGGCUGCAAAGAGCACGGAAAUCUCGCUGGAUCACGAGAAGGAGUGGAACUUAGCUAAAGUACUGCUGCGAUUCCCAGAAGUACUCGUGAAGAUCACCAAGGAUCUUUUGUUGCACCAACUCUGUGAAUUUGUUUACGAAGUAAGCACAACCUUCAGUGAGUUCUAUGACAGCUGCUACUGCGUGGAGAAAAAUUCUGCUGGAGAGAUCGUUAAAGUCAACAUGGGCCGUCUUUUACUUUGCGAGGCCACAGCAUCUAUUAUGGCUGCUUGUUUCCACAUUUUGGGUCUAAAACCUGUGGAAAAGAUGUAAACCCUGCUAAAUAAAACACUAACUUCUAUGUUCUCAUAGAAGGAAUGAUAUUUAUCUUCUA